UACUUUGUAGUAAUCUUGUAAAAGGUGGCAAGGAUUUGUAAAAACAGACUGGAAUUGAUCGACUGGAUCAAGAAAUGGAAAAUCAGUUCUCCCUUCAACCUAUAACAUCAGCAGUGGUGGCUGAACUGAAGCUCUUGUGUUCCAAGAGGAGAAUGUAUAAAAGAAAUGGCCUCAUGGCCAACGUGACCGUGACCUCCGCCACUCCAGAGGGCAGUAGCAGUUCUGACUCUCUGGAAGGACGGAGUUCAGAUUAUGCUCAUAAAAGCUACGAUGCGGUGGUGUUUGACGUGCUAAAAGUAACUCCAGAGGAGUUUGCGAGUCAGAUUACGCUGAUGGAUAUGCCAGUAUUUAAAGCUAUACAGCCAGAGCGAGAAAGCUUCAUAACUUCAUUGGGUUUGCCUGUGACGUGA